CAGGCUGCAGAUGCUAAGAAGAAAUCAAGAUCUGUUAAAGUUUUUAGUAUUGUGUUAUGUAAUGCCUUAUCAAUAUUUCAAGGAAUUGGUUUUCGGUGUGGUAUGGUAUAGAUGGAGAUAAUAUUUGGUGUUUGAAAUCACAUUUGUUUACGUGAAUGUCAGGCACAGCAUUCUUGAGAUACGACCAGGUAUUGAUUUUGUUACAUGUCUUCUUAAUGGCUCUGAAUUCUGCAUUUAGUGGCAGAAAGCCCGGGAAUUGACAUGCAAACAUUUUCCAUAGAACACAGCCACUGAAGAGUCGUGCAAGUUCUAUCUGGUUAACACAGGAUGCCAGUUGUGAGCUCACAGGCUGAGAAUCCCCCAGACAUCCCGAGUGUAAUAUGCAAAGACUAUCCCUGACUGAGAGAGAGGAUUUAAUAGAAUCCCUAGAUGCUGAAGCUAUCUACGACUACUUGAUCCAACAUGGAGUGUUAGACAAGGAGGGGAAGGAGAAAAUCGAGAAUGGCAAGAAUAAAGUACAGAGAAACACAGCCCUGUUACAGUUAGUGGAGGGAACAGGGAGUUCCGCUGUGGCCUUGUUUAUUAAUGCAUUACGACAAUCUGGUCAGCUUCACUUGGCUAGUUCCCUAGAUGAAGACUCUAGAAUCAAACCUAUUUAUGGUUCAGGGUACCUUGGCAAGGACAGAUACAAAGGACAAGUCACGAUCAAUGUGGAGGUUGACAGAAUUUUCGGGAUGUUUCCUGUGUGGGAGGAAGGAGACGACAUGGAGGAGAAAAUGGGGGAUACCCCAGAAAAGGACCGGAAGAAAAAGGAGGGGGUCAAUCCAGUCCUCACCCCCAGGAGGGCCCACAAGUCCUACGAGAACAUGACAAUGAUAGGAGAAGAGUGGUCCUCGAGGGGCUGGAAGAUCAGAGAAUACGCAUAUGAUGAGAGUGAUGAAGACACACCAUCUUGUUGGUGUUUCUGCCGAAGAACAAAGACAAAAAAGAAAUCUAUUCCCACUAAAAGAAAGCUCAAAUAUGAAGUGAAAAAUGAGGUCACUAGGUCACCAUCCCCUGUGAAACCUCCCAAAGGGAGUGAACUCCCCAAGAACUUACGGCAUGAAGGCCCAACCAUUAUAAGGUCCAGUAGUAGAACAAGUUUCAUUUCGUACACACUCUCCACUGAAGCCAUUAAUGUACUGAAGGAUAGCCAUGUGUUUAAUAGAAGUGUAGAAAAUGUACAGAACAGGAAAAAUUCACUCAACCAUAACACUGAAAAGGCUGAACAAUUUGAUUCCACCAACAAGGAGAAUCUAGGAAACCACACAGAAAAUCAUGUAAACAUUGAUCAGAAACGGAAGAGGGAGAAUCUUAACCUCACUCUCCAGACGGAGAAACCUGUGGAACAAUGUCUGAAGUGGAAACACAGAGGACCAACAUUUGAAAAACAUGUGAAAAGGUUCUACAAAUCUCUGACCAAUGCUAUGAACAUGUCCAUCAUUAAGUACUUUGAACAGAAGAGGGGAACUCUGGUUCUGCAUGUUGACAUGGAAGACUCUCUGGUUGUGUGCAAUAUUUGUAUGACUCCUAAGCAGGUGACAGACGUGUGUGUUAACCUGGAGGACGGCAGCCUUCUGAGAGUGUUCGAGUCGAUUCUGGUGACCAGUGAUAUUCUGGAGGAUUUGGCGGUUCACCAGAUAAAGCUGAGGGUGGUCAUUGAUAGUGAUGAGCUGGCCCUGGCUAAGCAGGAAUUAGCUUAAACAGUCCAUAAAUGUACAUAUCCUCUAAUUAUUUAUCUUAGCUAAUUUGUUAGUUUAUGCAUGAUGAUGCUAUUAAAGUGUACAUUGUUCUGGUAUGCAUGUGUUAUAAGGUGUACUUGAAAUUAUUGCUUAUUUUGGUUUGAUUGUACAUGGUAUUUUGAUAGGUCAGGAUAAGUGAUUUUUUUAAAUUUAUUCACACAGUUUAAUUUUUUUGUACUGAUACAUUUAUAGUGACCCCAAAAUGUACUUAUUUUUACACUGGUGACUUUACCGUUUUCAGGCACUGUAUCAAAAAAUCAACACUAGUCCUUCUCCAAAUCUAUUUACAUUUAUACUCAAGUUUUAGCUGUGCUAACAUUAUACUAUAUUGUCAUCAUAGCUUUGCAUUGAUUUUUGCAGAUUGCAUCAUGUGAUGUUACUUAAUCUUAGUCACUUUAUUGUCUUGAGGGAUCAGUCAAGUACCUUCCCUAUUUUUUUAUUUGAUCUUUUUUUUUAUUUAUAUUCACCCAGAUUGAAUUUUUUUUUUGAAAGGCCUAUUUCUUCAGAAGACUUUGUAACUAUUUGUAAUAGAACCAUGUUCACUCAAUAUAUUAGUACAUUAUGUAGUUGGUGACUUUGCAUUUAUUGAAGAAGUGAGAGA